GCUGACCCCUCGGGCCGAGGCCAAAUAUGCGUGAUCUGCUUCCUAAAGUCUCCUAACGAAAGGCUUUUGUCAUUUUGCACCACGCAUCCGCUUCUGAUUUUUGCCGUCGCUUUUCCUCAGUCGCCGUCACGCCCUAUUCAGAAGGUUAGUUCUCCCAUCCCUACCUUCAUGGCAUCCCCUAAGUCUUCUUCCACUAUCCUCGUUGUUGACCCAGCGGCGGAAGCUUUCGAGGAAAUGUACUGCCUGAAUCCACUCCUUCGCCCUGACGUUCUGGUGAGUGGAUUUGGCCGCGUCACAGUUUUGGACGCAGUGCCCCUUCGUGCGACGAUCGUCGUGGCAUCAUCAUCCAAGGCACCGCCUUUUAAGGCCAAGAAAUUGAAAGUCGUUAGCAAAAAGACCCGCAACUCCCUACUCGUCACCGUGCUGGAAAUGGGCCGAGAAGAGGAGACGCAUCACGGGCCGCCAUCCAGGGAUACUUCCGGGUCCGUCGCGGCCGUCCCCGACCAGGAGGUGGUUCCAACCCGGAACCAGAGGAAAAGGAAGAUCCUGCUGGCCGAGGAGGAGAAGGCUGCGCAUGAGCAGGACGUGCUUUUGGCGGACGCUCCCCCAGCCAAUCACCCGGCCGUGCAAAAGGAUGGGAAGCUCGUCCCUCUCACCAACGAGGAUGGUGAGGAUGUGCAAGCCGAGGCCAACGCUGCGUCCUUGUCCGCAAUGCUGAGAGACGAGGGCAAAAUCCUUUCGUCCUUGCAAGAGACCAUGGACGGGUUUCACAAGGAGAUGCAAAAAACCGUGCAAGGGUUUCAUAAGGAGGUGAUGUCGAAGCUAAGCCUCAUCAACGCUUGCCGGUCUGGAGCAGAGUUUUCUUCGGGGGUGAACUUCAUGGCCUCGGUGGAGACAGACCUGUCCCACUUGAGGAAAUUGGUUAACGCCGAGCACGAGCAGGUGGCGGAGCUCGAGAUGCAGGCCAUGGCGAAGUCGGAGGAAGUGAUCAGGCUGCAAGGCUUGUUGAAGGAGUCAAAAGAGUCGGCAGUUCAGCUGACCAAUUCAAUGGCCGAGCUUGAAGAUAAGCUGCGUCAACCCGAGGGCAGGAGAGCCGAGAUGGACAUUGAAUUGGCCGAGGCUAUCUUGCUACAACGUUCUGCCGAGGCAGAGAGGGACCGAGCCGUUGCCGACUUCCUUCAGUCCCCAGCCUUCAAAGAAGCUUGCCUGGGCCAGUUCGCGGAGUACUACGACAGCUGGAUCCAAACCGAGGCCGGUUUGAAAAAACUCGGGGAUGAGGGGCCCAAAUUGCUUGAGGCCGGCGUUUAUCAUGGAAUCCAGCUCAUCCUUCGGCGGACAAGGAGAGUGGAUCCUUUUUUUCCUCCUCCCCCGGAGUUGAUAUUCCGGAUAUGCAUGAUCCCGAUCUGAAUGGCGAGCUCGACCCUAAUCUAGACUACUUCGGAACGUCGCCCUGGAGAGGCCAAUGUCACCGGCGAAGAGCAUCACCCCGACAUUCUUCCUUAGUUUUUUCCUUUGUAUUAUUUGAUGUUUGCAUUCCCUUUGUAUUAAAUGAGAAUAUUUCCU